AUGGUUGAAGGAAGUUUAUAUGAAUUUUAUUCAGAAAUUCAAAAAUUAUUUAUUUCAGCGAAAGAUCCUUUGUUGUCAUUUGCAAUAUUACAAAAAGAUGAGAUUUCGAUAAGAAAUUAUAUUGCUUAUUUUUAUUAUUUCCUUCCUUUUAAUAUUAUGAUAGAUAAAGAAAAACAUAUGUAUCUUAUUCCUAAAUAUUAUUACAAAAAUCUAAAGAUUGAUGUUCCAACAGAAAUAGAAAACAAUAAAAAUAAUCAAGUUAAAUCAAUAAAUGGAAAAGAUCCAUUUGAAAUUAUUAGAGAAUUUGGAAAGAAGUAUAGCCCAUUUAAAUCUCCUCAUGCACAAUUUACAAAUUCUAAAUCUUCUAUUCUUGAUAAUUCAUUUACUCAAGGAAAAUUACUUUUAUUACCAUUAUCAAAAGAAUAUUUAAAUACACCAAUAACAAUUACAUGGGAAAAUGGUGAAAGUGUUGAUGUUCAAUAUAAAAUGUUCAGUACAUCAGAUUUUUAUUCUGUUGCAGAAGAUAAAAAUCUUCUAACAACAAAAGAAAUUGAUUCAGACACAGAUGAUAUAAAAAAUGAAUAUGGUGAUUUAAAUGAUGACGUUUAUUGUAAAGUAUCUAAUAACAAUAUUAACACUCUUGUUAUUAAUCACUUUGCGAUAUAUAAGGACUUGUACGUACUUCAAAAAUGUAUAGAGUUGUUUGAUUCAAACGAAUAUCCAAUUCAAGUUAUUCUUCCCGAGAAUAAAGGUGGAGAUAGUUAUUUUGAUGAUGAAUUAGGAAUAUGGAUUCAAAAAUUAUUAGCACCAAACUAUGAUGCUGACUUAAUUUCAUCAGCAAGGAAAUGUGAUUAUACAGGAUACAAAAUAGAAAUGGGUUACAUGGGAGAAUAUGUUGACCCAAAAACAUGUAUGAAAAGAACGUUGUAUCAUGAAAAUGAAGCACAACUGGAAAAAUGUGCGAGUAAAAAUGUUCAGGAGUUAUGGGAUUACUUAACAUUUUCAGAAAGACUCUUUUGGAAUUUGUCAAAAGAAUAUAGGAUGAAACAUUGCCAUGACAUAUUAAAUAGAUGGUAUACAAAACCGAAAACUAUUAAAUAUGGUAGUGUUAAACAUGUCAUUACUCAACCAUCAAGAUUUAUUGCAGAACCACCAAUUCAACAAAUGAAAAAUCCAAGAAAACCAACAGAAAUAGUAGUUUAUACAGAUUCAUAUUGUUAUUCAACAUGUUCACUUCUUACAAAAGGAUUAAAAGAAUGGGGAGGAGCUAUUAUUGUUGGAUUUAGUGGUGAUCCUAAUGGUAAAGAUGAUGAAUUUGAAGUAGGACAAUCACCGUCAAUUCAUAACACAUUCGAUGAAGAAUAUAAUCAAAAAGGUUUACAAAAUACCGUGUGGCGAUUUUCUUUCCCUUAUAGCUUUUUAGAAACAUUUAGACAUAAUUAUAAUUAUGAUGAAAGUAUUCCUAGAGAAUUCUUAACAGAUGUAGUAGAUGAAAGAGUGAAUAUUUAUCAAUUUGAUAAAACAGAAGAAGCAAUAAGUGAAUUUGAAGAAGAAACAAAGAAGAUAAUAGAGAAAUAUCAAACAAAAUGUAAUCCAAAGAAUAAAAGAAUAGUUAAAAUAGAUAAUAAAUGUGAUAAAGAAAUUAAUAAAGAGCAUGGACAUGGAGGAUAUGAAUGUGGAGAUAAAGGAGAAUGGAGUACAAAAUGUGUACUUGCCUAUUGUGAUGAAGGAUAUAAAUUUGAUUAUAACAGUAAUCAAUGUAUUGAAGAUGAAUGUGUUUUUCCACCAAGACCAAAUCUAAAUAGUGGAAUGCCAAUAAUGACAGUAAACCUAGUCAUGAUAAUAAUUGGAAUAAUCACAUUAAUUCUCUAA